AUGUCUUUCCUCGGUGGUGCCGAGUGUUCUACGGCUGGCAACCCGUUGACACAAUUCACCAAACAUGUCCAAGAUGACAAGUCGCUACAGCGGGAUCGGCUGGUGGGCAGAGGCCCUGGAGGCAUGCAGGAGAGCAUGCGCUCUCACGGAAUGACAGGCCCGGGGGAUCAGAUGAUGGACGAAUUCAUGCAACAACCCGGCCAAGCCCCCGGCCAACCCUUUGUCAUGGACCACAUGCGCCGAGAACUCGAAACCCUACACAACGCACCCCAACGCACGGGAUCGCCCGGCUGGGCGGCCGAAUUCGACCCUGGCGAGCAAGCCCGCAUGGAAGCAGCGUUUCAGAGCCCCAAUGCAUCGACUUUCAACGGUGCGCCAGGAGGAGGCUUUGCUCCGGCAGAGUUUGCUCGUUUCCAGCAACAGAAUCAUGUGCGACAGGGCAGUCCGGCUGCGUCGACACAGUCGCCGAUGAUGGGCGGAUAUCAAAGACCGAUGAUGGGUGGCUAUUCGGGUAUGGGCGGCAUGGGCGGUAUGGGAAUGAUGGGGAUGAUGGGCGGUCAGUCGUUUAAUAGCCCGAUGCAGCACCAACAACCCAUGGAGUCGUCAGCACAGGACAAGGGCAAGGGUCGUAUGGUUGAACUGGACGAUACGAACUGGGAGGAACAGUUUGCUGAGAUGGAGUCGGCCGAUCAACACGGUCUUGAUGACCAGGCCAACAGGGCCAUGGAAGCAGAACUCGAUGAACUUGACAGGUCAGUCUUUACCAGCAAUCCCGACAGCACAGAAUUUCACGACUUUGAACGUGUGUGGGAAAAAGCCCGAGCUGAGAAUCCAUUGGCUUCUAGAAAACUUGCCGAGGAAGAUCUUGAUUUUAAAGAGGUUGAGAAUCUUCACAUGGGCGAUCUCCACGAGUGGGAGGGCUUUGAUAGCCUCAACACUCGAUUCCGGGACCCCCAGUUGGGCGACUAUCUGUUUGAAGAAGACAAUGCUUUCCGCGCGGUGAAUAAUCCGUUUGAAGAAGGUGUCAAGAUUAUGCGAGAGGGUGGGAAUCUGUCAUUGGCAGCCCUGGCCUUUGAAGCCGCAGCUCAAAAGGAUGCGACACACAUCCAGGCGUGGACCAUGCUUGGAGCUGCCCAGGCGCAAAACGAAAAGGAGAGCCCAGCGAUUCGGGCAUUAGAACAAGCACUCAAGUUGGACGCCAACAACCUGGACGCUCUGAUGGGACUGGCUGUCUCGUACACCAACGAGGGCUAUGACUCGACGGCAUACCGCACGCUGGAGCGCUGGCUCUCUGUAAAAUACCCUCAAAUUAUCGACCCGAACAACCUGUCAUCCGACGGCGAUGUCGGUUUUACUGACCGACAACUACUUCACGACAAAGUUACUGAUCUAUUCAUCCAAGCGGCACAACUGUCACCAUCCGGAGCCCAAAUGGACCCAGACGUGCAGGUUGGCCUGGGAGUUUUAUUUUACUGUGCCGAAGAGUACGAAAAGGCUGUCGACUGCUUCUCUGCCGCGCUGGCGUCGACGGAAUCCGGCACAUCGAACCAGCAGGAACAAGUACACUUGCUAUGGAACCGCCUCGGCGCCACGCUCGCCAACUCCGGACGCUCGGAGGAAGCCAUCGAGGCAUACGAAAAGGCACUCACCAUCAACCCCAACUUUGUGCGGGCGCGCUACAAUCUGGGAGUCUCGUGCAUCAACAUUGGCUGCUUCCCCGAAGCCGCGCAGCACCUACUCGGCGCGCUGGGGAUGCACAAGGUGGUGGAGCAGCAAGGUCGCGAGCGGGCGCGCGAGAUUGUCGAAGGCGUCGACGGUAUCGACGAUGGCGAGCUGGAGCGAAUGAUCCAUAUUAGCCAGAACCAGAGUACAAAUCUAUACGACACGCUACGACGAGUUUUUACGUCAAUGGGGCGGCGUGAUCUCGCGGACAUGGUGGUUUCGGGCAUGGAUGUGGAUGUGUUCCGGAAGGAGUUUGAGUUUUAG